AUGUCUCUAUCCCUGUCGCAACGCCUCCAAGCACUUGCAGACUCAUACAAAGAGAUACUCUCCCAAAUUCAAGAACUCCGCAGGUUUUCGGCCAGCUCUUAUCCCUCCGGCAAUCCAGAUGAACGACGUCUCGAGCUCGCUACUGAAAUCCAUGACAAUCUCAAGGAACAAGAGGAUAGACUAGAAAUUCUACGACAGGAAUUCGAAGACGAUGCUAUCCCGAAUCACCGACGAGACCUCUCGAGUCGAGAAAGCGAGCGGGAGAGAAACGCGGACUUGCUAGCGCGACUCUCGGAGGACCUGAAGAGCGCGCGAGCCAAUUUUCGAAAAGCACAACUUCAAGCGAAGAGGACCGCAGAUGCAGAAAAGCGCAAGGAGAGAGAACAGUUGUUUGCAGAUCGGAAACAAGAUGGCGGCAAACAGCAAGCCCGAGGACGGGCUACACAUGAGAAAUUGACGCAGGAUGAACUAGCCCUGCGCGCUGCGGAAGACGUUACGAUCGCGCUACGGAGGGUCCAUAAUCAACUCGAAGGAGAGCUCUCGGUCUCACAGUUCGCUCAACAGACUUUGGAAGAGAGUCAACAGGCGCUGGACAGCUUGUCGUACAGUUACGCGGGGACCACGGAUUUAUUGAAAGCGAGCAGGGGAUUCGUGGGUCAGUUGGUCCGCAGCAACAAGUCGGAUACUUGGUUCUUGAAGUCGUCCUUCUACAUACUUGCUGCGACGAUAUGCUGGCUCUUCUACAGAAGGAUCCUCUACGGGCCGAUGAUGUUGUUUAUUUGGUGGCCCCUGCGGAUCAUGUGGUGGGUCACUCUGAAAAGCUUUGGAGUCGUGGGACUGGGUGGCAGGUCCGAGGUUGUGACAUCGCCUGCUCCUUCAGUGCCUUCUCUCACAGUCUCAAUGCCUGGCAUGAAUGCAAGAGGCAUGCCUACGCACAAAUCCAACGUUUAUUUCAAAAGCAUGGAGCUGCCGGCGAAAGGUGGAGGUGCGAGAGGACCGCCGCCAGAGAUUCCGCAACAGCAAACUUCGCCCGAAGAGGCUGCUGACAGCAUGAUUGAGAGAAUCGGAAGGAUGAUGGAAGAUCAGGGGACGAACGUGGAUGAUAUUACGGAUGAAGAACGAAGGGCGCAACAAGACCAGCCCAGAAAUACGAAGAAGAGGAUGAUGGAGGUAGACGUCGAGCAAGCGAGGGAUGAGUUAUGA